AUGGAAGUGGCAAUCGAAAUUGGUAUAGAGAAAUUGGAAGUGGUGGGAGAUUCCAACCUGGUAGUGUCACAGGCCAAUGGCGAUUGGAAAGUCAAAGAAGAAAAACUAAAGCCAUACAAUCAAGAUCUUGAGGAUCUCAUCCCCCAUUUCAACAAGGUGACUUUCACUCAUGUACCGAGGUUCGAAAAUCGAUUUGCAGAUGCCUUGGCAACUUUGGCAUCCAUGGUCGAAAUCCCUCUCGGUGUGAAGCUGAGGCCUAUUGUGAUCGAACAAAGGGAGACACCGGUAUACCGGCAUGUCAUGGUUGUGGAUGAGCCCGAUGAUGGUCACCCUUGGUAUUAUGACAUUUGGAGAUUUGUGAAAAUAGGAGAAUACCCCAUUGAAGCUAGCAAGAAAGACAAAAUCGCCCUCCAAAGGAUGGCAGCUCAAUACAUCAUCUACGGAGGAAAUCUAUAUCGAAGGUAA